AGCCAGGAGCGGCUCCAUGGUCCAUGCCCGGCGCGGCCCUAUGGGGCAGCUCCAGCGAUGCGGAAGCGGCUCCCGGACGCGGCGCUGACAGCAAACCGCUGCGGCGAGAGGGGUCCCUUGUCAGAGCGGCCGCGCUCCACAGCGCCCCCUGCCGGCCACUCCCGCGCAGACAGCGCGCGCUCCCAGCGUGCCAAGCGGGAGAGGAAGUGCGCUCCCGACCCGGAAGUAGAUCGCGCACGGGCGGAAGUGAGGCUAUGGCGGCCGGAUUCAAAACUGUGGAACCAUUGGAAUAUUACAGGCGAUUUUUGAAAGAGAACUGCCGACCUGAUGGAAGGGAGCUAGGUGAAUUCAGAACAACCACUGUCAACAUAGGUUCAAUUACUACUGCAGAUGGCUCUGCCCUGGUGAAGUUGGGAAAUACUACUGUAAUUUGUGGCAUUAAAGCAGAGUUUGCAGAACCCCCAGCAGAGUCCACUAAUAAGGGAUAUAUUGUUCCUAAUGUGGAUCUACCACCCCUCUGUUCAUCAAGAUUUCGUCCCGGACCUCCCGGGGAAGAGGCUCAAGCAGCUAGCCAGUUCAUUGCAGAUGUGAUUGAAAAUUCAGAAAUAAUAAUGAAAGAAGAUCUGUGCAUUGCACAUGGCAAGCUUGCUUGGGUUCUAUACUGCGAUUUCAUAUGCUUGGACUAUGAUGGAAACAUUUUGGAUGCCUGCACAUUUGCUUUGUUAGCAGCUUUAAAGAAUGUACAGUUGCCAAAAGUUACUAUAAAUGAAGAAACAGGUUUGGCAGAAGUCGAUUUAAAACAGACAAAUCCUUUGAAUAUCAGAAAGCAUCCAGUUGCUACAUCGUUUGCUGUAUUUGACGACACAAUACUCAUUGUUGAUCCGACGGCAGAAGAGGAGGACCUGGCAACUGGAACUGUAACCAUUGUAAUGGAUGAAGAAGGCAAACUAUGUUCUGUUCAUAAGCCAGGUGGAAGUGGCCUAGCAGCAGCAAAACUUCAAGACUGUAUCACCCGGGCCGUUACAAGACACAAAGAAGUGAAGAAGCUGAUAGAUAAAGUGAUAAAAAGUAUAAAACCAAAAUAAACGUAAGGCAAGGGCUCUUCAAAAUGGAUUUGUAAAAACUGUAUUUGUUAGAGUGUUCACCAACCUUUUAUACUAAAUAAACAGAUAUCAAUACUACA